AUGUGGACGAUAGAGUAUGGAAUCACUCCUGAGUUGCUUAGCAAAGUCAUCAUGAACACCUUGCACAUUAGGGCAUCUUCUGCUUUGUACAAGAUCAUAGCACUCUUGAAGUGCUUCAAAUGGCUCUCAGGGUCAAAGUUCCCCUUGAAAUGUGUGAUGGACGACAUUGUGAACUGUUUCAGAGGUGUGGCCUACUCCACCUCGUCGAUGAAGGGCGAGGAGUUGACUUUAUCAACGUCCUUGCGUAGGGCUUCCUCCGUGCUUUCUUUAAGUUGGAGACUUUAG